CCAGAAGCCUUGAGGGCCCGGAAGCUGUGCGGGCCCUGGCUCUCAGCCCGUCCUGCCUAACCUGCGCUCCCGAACUUACCAUCUGACCCGCUACCGCCGAGGCGGUCUUAGGCCCCCUGGUCCCUUCCCCGUCCCUCCCCGCCCCCCUCCCCACCCCGGGGGGCCGCCGCCACCCGCCUCCCGCCAUGGCUCUGAAAAGGAUCCACAAGGAAUUGAAUGAUCUGGCACGGGACCCACCAGCACAGUGUUCAGCAGGUCCUGUUGGAGAUGAUAUGUUCCAUUGGCAAGCUACAAUAAUGGGGCCAAAUGAUAGCCCCUAUCAGGGUGGAGUAUUUUUCUUGACAAUUCAUUUCCCAACAGAUUAUCCCUUCAAACCACCUAAGGUUGCAUUUACAACAAGAAUUUAUCAUCCAAAUAUUAACAGUAAUGGCAACAUUUGUCUUGAUAUUCUUCAGUCACAGUGGUCUCCAGCACUAACUAUUUCAAAAGUACUCUUGUCCAUCUGUUCUCUGUUGUGUGAUCCCAAUCCAGAUGAUCCUUUAGUGCCUGAGAUUGCUCGGAUCUACAAAACAGAUAGAGAAAAGUACAACAGAAUAGCUCGAGAAUGGACUCAGAAGUAUGCGAUGUAAUUAAAGAAAUUAUUGGAAAACCUCUACAAAUAAAGAUAGGGGAACUCUGAAAGAGAAAGUCCUUUUGAUUUCCAUUUGACUGCUUUCUAUGAGCCCACGCCUCAUCUUCCACUGUGCACAUGUUUACCUGAUACAGCAGUGCUGCGUGUUGUACAUACUUGGAAACAACAAACUAGAAAUACUGUACUUCUGUACCAACAUUGCCUCCUAGCAGAGAAGUGUAUGUGUGACAAGCCAGUUCUUCAGACAUAACCUAGAUAUGAGACUAAAAAGCUUUCCAUAUUGACUUAAAUUUGGAUAACAGCAAGGUGUGAGGGGUGGUGGGUACAUGUGUGUGCUUGGGUGGGGAGAAGCUCCACUGACUUGUAGGAGAUGUUUUUAAGUGGAAUCUGUUUAAACUCCAAACAGUUAUGAAAAGCAAAGUGAAGAACAUGAAGCUGUUUCUGUAUUCAUUUAUUCCGAAGGACCUACAAUUUAGCUGAAAGUUACGACCAACCAGAUUAAAUUCUACCCACAUCCUGUAUUUUGAAGGUCUAAGUUUAACUGGUCAACAUUUAAAUGGAUUGGAGCUAUUAGCACAUAAAGUGUGAUGGGCUUUGUUCCCAACUCUUUAUAUCUCUCUGCCCCUUGAACUUUUGUCCUUUUAGCCCCUUUCUCUCCAUAUUCUUUGGUUUGUACGAGGUUUCUCAGUUAAUACAUAGCUAAUAGCUCUUAUUUUUCUUAUGUUUUUAACUGCUUAGGUCUCUUUGGAUGUAAGGGUGAAAUUCAUGUGAUGGAAAUACUUGUGUAUAUUUAAAGACCCAAUUGCUCCUCUGGAGCUGGUACGUUCAAGAAUGAUUAAUCUGUGUAAUAAACUGAUUACUACAGUCAUUACAUUUAAUUUUGUGUGAAUAGGCUUUUUGAUUUUAAGAACUUUGUCUAGCUGAGAUUAGUGGUGGAUUUCCCCCCACUCCUAAAAUGUUUUCAUUUAUUAUACUGGUUACAUUUCAAAAUCAUGAAACAAUUCCAGUUUACAUAGUAAAAAAACAAAACCUUGAGUAAUUUUAUUGAACUAUGACACAAACUUGAAAGCAUUUUCAUGAAAUGUAUAUGUGCAGCAUUUUGGGAACAUGACUGUUAACUAAGAAAUUUGAUUUAUUAAUGAAUCUAAGCUGCAUUUCACCAAAAUCUUGUGACAUUCCCUUGGUGCGUAAGAGAUAAAAACACAAAGGCAUUGCUGUUCGGUAAGUUAAGCCUCUGUGAUUGUAAUUAUAGAAGUGCAACUUGACCAGACCUGGGAAACAUGAGCACAAUCUUGUAUUGGAGAGUCUGCAUAAUUACUUUGCACUAACAUUUAGAAGGAUGUUCAUCCAGUUUUAAAUUGUAUUGUAUGUGGCUUUUUGAAGUCUUCCCUUGACUAUAGUAAAAUGUAGUUUGAAACUUGUAAACAACUGUGUUUGCCAGAAACAUCAUUCAUGUGAACUAGGCAAGUUACAUUUUUCCUUUUCCAAA